GUUUUGCACAGCGGUCGCAAAUAUACCGUUCUGCCGCUGGCACCUGGACCGGAUCCGCCGUCCACCAACGCCGACCUCAUCCUUCCGCAGCCGACUGCCUUUCAGGACCCCCGCAGCCACAUUCCAGCUGGGUACCCGCAGUUCACCUCACAGACCAGCAACUGGCCGACCGUGCUGCGGCUGAUCACGCAACCAAUGGAGGUGUGGGAGUGCUGGGCGCCGAUGACGCUCGGGACGUACAAGAGUGUGCACGAGAUUUGGCACGCGUGGGACCAUGGGGCAGCUGUGGAGAGUGUCGGAAGUGCCCCGCCACUCCGCCUCUUGACACGUUAUCAGGUGUGGCGGCCGUCUUCUGCCCAGGUGCGUGCUUCUGCCUUCAGCUUACUGGUUACCGGCAGGCUGACAGACCUCUCACAGGCUCGCAAGCAAUGGAGCCUGUUUGAGUUCUUCAUGAAGCACGUGCAGGCCGUGAUUGACACCGGCAGCACGGCUUUCGAUGCCGUUGACACUCUGGACAGCGAGCGCGGCGACCGCUCGAUGCCCACCUUUCACACCGACCUGCAG